AGCACCGCCAGCCGCACCAGCAGCAUCAGCUCCGCCAACGCCGCCGCCACCACGGACGCCGACUGGCUGGACGUGAACCUGGCCGGCAGGGGCCAGAGGAGCCUGAGGGGCCUCAUCGUGCGCAUCAAGGAGGGCAACGACGACAGCCGCGCCCUGUUCCAGAAGCUCGGGUUCCGGCAGCAGGGCGAGGUCAACUACUUUGGCGAGAUCAAGAUGGCCCUCGAUCUCGACGCCCUGCAGGAGCAGGAGUGGUGGGCUUCGGCUCUGGAGGAGUACCACGAGGUGCGGUACGAGCCCCCGUCGGUCGGGGAGACUGGGGCGAUAUCCCUUUAA